UUCCGCCAGGCUGACACUGAGCCGCGGGAGGCCAACUUGCCCUUCCUGACGUCACUUCCGGCCUUCAGGCGCGAACUUUGUUUUGGUGACAGCGCCGCUUCCGGGACCCAGUGACCCACAGCGAGGAAAGUGCGAGUUGGCUCCGGGCCGAGGGAAAAAUGCCAAGCGUGGGAGAGAGAUGUAAAAAUGUGUCUUCGGCGUUAGAUGUGGAUAGCCAGUUAUCGUACCUACCCGACAAGUUAAGAGAGAGGCUGCUUCCCUUUCAGAGAGAAGGCGUCUGCUUUGCUUUGAAGAGACAUGGAAGGUGCAUGAUUGCCGAUGAGAUGGGCCUUGGGAAAACCCUCCAAGCCAUAGCCGUAGCGUAUUACUAUCGGAACGAGUGGCCCCUUCUCAUUGUCGUCCCUUCGUCUCUGAGGUACCCAUGGAUUGAAGAGAUGGAAAAGUGGAUCCCAGAGCUUUGUCCAGAAGACAUUACCGUGAUUGAGAACAAGACUGAUGUUGGGAGGAUGUCAGCUUGUAAAGUGACAGUCUUGGGGUACGGCCUGUUAACCACCGAUGCUCAGACGCUAAUAGAUGCCUUAUACAAACAGCACUUCAGAGUGGUUUUAGUGGAUGAAUCUCACUACAUGAAGUCUAGAAACGCAUCUCGGAGCAAAUUGCUGCUGCCAAUUGUCCAGAAAGCCGCGAGAGCACUUCUACUCACGGGGACGCCGGCUCUCGGAAGGCCCGAGGAGCUUUAUAUGCAAAUUGAUGCUCUGUUCCCGAAAAAGUUUGGAACCUGGACAGAAUAUGCCAAGAAGUACUGCAACGCGCACGUCAGGUACUUCGGCAAUAGGACUCAAUGGGAUUACAGAGGUGCUUCCAAUUUAGAUGAAUUACACCAGCGUCUCGGCAACAUCAUGAUCAGGAGGCUGAAGAAUGAGGUUUUAACCCAACUGCCUCCUAAAAUCAGACAGCGGAUCCCUUUUGAUUUGCCUAAAGACGUGGCUAAGGAAAUGAACGGCAGCAUCGAGGAGUGGGAGAAACUGAUGAGAUGUCCGGAUUCAAUGGCGGCGGAAUCCAGCAACCCCUUCACUCAGAUCAUGGGCCUGAUCACCCGAAUGUUCAAACAAACUGCCCUUGCCAAGGCCGGCGCAGUGAAAGACUACAUCAAGAUGAUGCUGGAAAACGAUAAGCUGAAAUUCCUCGUCUUUGCCCACCACCUCUCCAUGCUUCAGGCAUGCACCGAGGCUGCCAUAGAGAGCAAGGCCCGUUACAUUCGAAUAGACGGCAGCGUCCCCUCCUCGGAAAGAAUCCAUCUAGUUCACCAGUUCCAAAAUGACCCCGAAACCCGUGUGGCUAUUCUCAGCAUCCAAGCAGCAGGCCAGGGGCUGACAUUCACAGCGGCCACUCACGUUGUGUUUGCUGAGCUUUACUGGGAUCCCGGGCAUAUAAAGCAAGCAGAGGACCGAGCCCAUCGGAUUGGGCAGUGCAGCUCUGUGCACAUCCACUAUUUAAUAGCCAGAGGAACCAUGGACACUCUUAUGUGGGGCAUGCUGAAUAGAAAGGCCAAUGUUACAGGCAGCACCCUCAAUGGGAAGAAGGAAAAAAUACAAGCCGACGAAGAUAAGGAGGAGAAAUGGAAUUUCCUGAACUUUGCCAAAACGUGGACUCCAAAUGAAGGUCUGGAGGAGCUGAAGGACGAUGUUCUCUUCACUCACUUUGAAAAGGAGAAGCAGCACGAUAUCCGCACGUUCUUUUCACCCAAACCGGACGCAGAAAAGAAGCGCAAGAGAGUGGUGGAUGAGGGAACCAGUGAGCAGAAAAUGGAGGAACGGGACCCAGAGCAAGUGUUCAGCACCAGUAGCAAUGCAGACUUGCCGGAAGGCACCGAGGUGCUCGAUGUUGAUGCUCUGUAUCCAGAUGAGGACUUUGAGCAAGAGGCCAAAAAAGUCCGACCCACGGGGACCCAAACGCCUAAAAACAUUCUCCCAAAGAAGAGGAAAUCUUGGAGCGGCAAACCCUCUGCCUUGUUCUCUUCUCCAAGGGCACGUGGCCUUUCCGAAAACACUCCCCUGUCCCCUCAAAGGCCCCCGGCGUCAGACAAGCUUUGGGACUGCAUUGCUUGCACUUAUACCAAUAACGCCUUGUUACCCUACUGCGAAAUAUGUGAGAGCCCCAGAUCCAAACGAUCCAAACGGGGUCCCGAGACCAGGAAAGGAGCCGUCGGUGGCGACUGCAAUGAAGAGGAGAAAGAAAAUGAAAGAGUGGAGCGUGUGGGUAAUGAGAUUCUCAGCGGCGCUCAGCAGGACGCGGCCCCCUCUCCCACUAGCGACUUACAGAGGGAUCAUUUAAUAAACAUGGAAAAUAACAAGUGGGAAGCCCACCCCGGGGAGACAUCAGCAGCUACUGAGCCAGAACAUUGUGAGAACUCUGUUUGUUUCCCAGUUUAUGAUGGAUUAAUGUUCUGCGCCAGCAAGCAUACUGAUAGGAUCUAUUUAUAUAGCAAGGAAGGGGAACCCAUGAAUUGUAAUUUCAUCCCCUUGGACAUCAGAUUAGACAAUUGGGAUGAUUUACCUGAAGCUCUGCAACAGAAACCUAACAGAUCUAUGAUUUUAAGGUUUGUGAGAGAAUGGAACAGUUUGACAGCCAUGAAGCAGAGGAUAAUCCGAAAAAGUGGCCUAAUAUUUGGCAGCCCCGCCGCGGCCCUGGGAGACCUCUCCAAACAGCAGCAGAAAGCCGGCAGCACCAAGAGGUACCUGACCAAGGAAGAUGUCGCCGUCGCCUCAUUAAGCAAAGCCGAGAGCAGCGGGGGCAGCGUGAGGUUGGUCUGCAGGGAUUCUGCCUCGUCCAUCAAAGGGCAGGUGUGUUCCGCCCCCCCCACCGAGCCCCCCGCAACAGUGCAAGAUGGAGAAGAUCAGAGCCCGGCCGUGAUCCAGCCUGUCCCUCCCGGGGAAGACUGUUUGGCCCUUAAGGGGUACCUCCAGGCCAUGGACAGCGCUGGGAACCCCCUGUGUAUUCACUGCCAGGGGCCGUGUUCUCAGCCGCCCAACGCCAACGCCUGGGACACGCGCUUCUGCUCUCGCAAAUGCCAGGACGACUUCUUCAUCCGCUCAAACCAGAGCUACAUGAGGGCAAAGGUGUUUGAGACGGAGCACGGAGUUUGCCAGCAGUGCUGUCUCAAUGCCCACGAACUGUAUCUGAGCGUCAGAGAUGCCCCCAGGGGCCACAGGAAGACCCUCCUAGAGAGCACGUGGAUGGCACAGCUGCCACUGGAUCAGCUGAAUGAACUGAUCCGGAACCCCACGGAAGGCCAGUUCUGGCAGGUUGACCAUAUCCGGCCGGUGUACGGGGGAGGGGGGCAGUGCGACCUGAGCAACCUACAGACCCUCUGCACUGUGUGCCAUAGACAGAGAACUGCCCAGCAGGCCAAGGAGCGCAGUCGCACCAAGAAGCUCUCAGCCGCCUCUAAAUACGGCUCCGACAUCAGCAGGUUCUUCUCCAAGGUCUGAACUGGGAAUUGUCCUUUUGUGUAUGUAUUUCCCACACUGCCCACAAGCGCAGCCAUGCAAUUCAAUAAAGAUUUCUAGUUUUCUAAUGAC